GCUGCCGCCCGCCCGCCCCUCCUUCUCCUCGCAGCGCCACACCGCCGCAGCCCGAGCCGCCGCCGCAGCCCGAGCCGCCGCCGCAGCCUCAGCCGCGGGCACUAUGGCUUCUGGAGUUACAGCGAAUGAUGAAGUCAUCAAAGUUUUUAAUGAUAUGAAAGUAAGGAAAUCUUCCACACAAGAGGAGAUCAAAAAAAGAAAGAAAGCAGUUCUCUUCUGUUUAAGCGAUGACAAAAGACAAAUAAUUGUAGAGGAAGCAAAGCAGAUCUUGGUGGGUGACAUUGGUGAUACUGUAGAGGACCCCUACACAUCUUUUGUGAAGUUGCUACCUCUGAAUGAUUGCCGAUAUGCUUUGUACGAUGCCACGUACGAAACAAAAGAGUCUAAGAAAGAAGACCUAGUAUUUAUAUUCUGGGCUCCUGAAAGUGCACCUUUAAAAAGCAAGAUGAUUUAUGCUAGCUCUAAAGAUGCCAUUAAAAAGAAGUUUACAGGUAUUAAACAUGAGUGGCAAGUAAAUGGCUUGGAUGAUAUAAAGGACCGUUCGACACUUGGAGAGAAAUUGGGAGGCAACAUAGUAGUUUCACUUGAAGGAAAACCCUUAUAAAAACAGUCAAGUGCCAUCUGGAUCUUAAGGAGCUUCAAUUUCUCCAGCUCAAUCAAUUGGAAUAGUAUUCGGUGUUUUUUUUUUCCUUCCUCUUCCGCCUGGGUCCUUCCAACACAAUGAAUGAAGGAAAUAUCAUUCAUGUAAGCAGCCUAUCAGUGAUUGCCAUUAGACUGUUUAAUACUGUUGCUUUUAUGUAGAACCCGAGGAAUGCCUUCCCAUCAUAUUUUAGCCAAAACAACUGGUUAUAUGCCUCCCUUGCAGCGAACACUACAAUAAAUGUGAUUGUCAAUGUGAAUAGCUUAGAACACUGCAAAGGGUUAAGCUAAUUGAAUGCCUUGAAAGUAUUAUCCACUGGUGAGAUGGUAAACUUUAUUCAGUAUUAUUUAUAGUUGCACUUGAUUGCAGUUCUAUGAGGCUUGAGCAUUCAUACACCUCACCUGCCUUGGCAAGCCUAUUUUUUGUGACAUGGCAGCACGGAUAUAACACUAUGCAUUGAAAGCACUUUUUUUGUAAUGAGUUUAAUCCCCCACCCCAAAAGGAAUGCCAAUUAAGUUGUGUUGACUGUGUCAUCAACCUAUCCUAGUACCUCAGUGUUCAUUCCUGUUACCUGCGUAUCUUCUUAAAAGAAAUAGCUGUCAUUAAUGCCUUUUUGUUUUCCAUUGAGUGUACACUACUGAAUAAGUAUAGGAGUUCUGUGUUUACCGUGUAAGUCUUGCAACACUAAAGAUAUUUUGAAUAUCAGUCGUGAUGGCAAUUUCUGUAUAAAAGAGCCUUAAAUGGAACAUUGUUUUUGAGAUCAAACUUCCCACCCUCACAAAGAUGGCCACGUUGCAAUAAAAAUUGUGGCAUAUUAAAAAAAAAA